AUGCUUCCCUCAACUUCAAUUGUUUCCAUCCUUGCGCUUGCCGCCGGCGCGGUAGCCAAGGGUGUUUCCAUCACUCCCCACGACAAGUACUCGUCCUCGGUCGGUGUUCUCGGCUGCAAAAUCGACACUAACCGCGUUGCCUACUGGCCCGGAUCCGUUGACUGCAACAACAUCUGUGUCAAGCUCACCUACGAGGGCCGUUCCGUCCACCUCCUGCGCAUCGACCAGUCCGGCGGCGCCUACGACGUCAGCUACGACGCCUGGGUCUACCUCCAGUCCGGCAAGUCUGCCAAGUCGAACCCCCUCAAUGGCGGCGGUGUCAACGUCGAGGUCGAGGAGGUUGACGCCUCCGAGUGCGCCGACUUGAUCAAGACCGAGGACAAGAAGCUCCCUCUGAGCGCCUCCAACAGCAUCAACUUCCUCACCAGCUGCCUUGCCCAGCCCAACAGCUGGGUCGCCAAGAACCACGCCCUCUACAACAUCUGCGAUGCCAUCUGCACCCUGGGCUUCGACGAGUCGUGCAAGCUUGACAUGGCCGUCAGCAAUCAGCCCAGCUGCAAGAACACUCUUGGUCUCACCACCAAGCUCUCUCUCUCCAACCCUGUUGUGGACAUCCAGUACGGUACCGGCAAGACAGUCCUCGCUGGGACGGGCGACUCUGGUACUGUUGUUGACAUUCCCGAUACCACCAACAGCCCUGCUUCGUCGUCGUCUUCAUCUUCAUCUUCAUCUACUACUACUUCUUCUUCUUCCACCUCUACAAGCCAGGCCGCGUCCACCCGUGCUGCUGCACCCACCGCUGUCGAGCAGAAGCCAACCACCACUGCCGGAGGUGUCUUCCACGAAGUUCCCAGCAGUGCUUCAUCCGCUGAGGCUGCCACCACGGUCGCCGCUCCCGCCUCCAGCCAGUCUGCCCCUGCCACAUCGGCUGCACCAAGCUCGUCUGCUCAGGUUUCGUCCUCGCUGCCCUCGCUCACCGUUUCGUCGAGCGUGAUCGCCCCCAGCUCUGGCCUGACCAACACAUCAACCCCCAGCACGACAUUGUCUUCUGUCACUGUCUCCACGCCGGCCACCACUCCUUCCGCAUCGACUACCAGUGUUCCAGCCAGCGCCGGACAUCGUGGAGUCGAGAUAUCACUACUGGCCCUGGUGUCUAGUGUGGUUGCAUGCUCACUUGUGGGCCUUUUUUAG